CUCGACAUCGCAACUCCAGACAAACUCAGCGUCAAAUGUCACACUGGCUCUGGUCGCCGAAGCGGUCAGAACUAAACACUCUUCUUUAACCUUCUCCCUUGUCUUCGUUUCAUGGGAGCUGCACGGUUUCAGAAUAUUGAAUCCUGAUUGAUCCAAGGGCACUACGGUGGUUGACGAUUCGCCCAUUGUCACUACUCCAUUGCGCUCAAACUCGCAUUUUCUGCUUCCAAGCAGCAUCGAGGGACAAGCAGCCUGGACAGAUGGGUCCUCUCCGUUUCAGUGAAUGCUACUGGCUCCUCUCCCCUGUGGAUAAACUGGCUAUCCCAUGCUCUGUUUUCCUUCUAAAUAUAAGGAAAACACCAUGUCGAAGAGCGGUAGCCCAGGAAUAGGUAGGUAUUAGCUUCCGCCCGCGGAACGACAUGCAGCCGGCAAAUUGCUCAGAUGGAGAAGAACAUAUAUAGACGGGGCCGCUCCUCUCGAUACGGUGUUCUUCUUUUACCCUUCAUCAGCGGAUUCCUGUCUUUCUGUUCGAUUCUCAUCGCUCUGGUUCCUAUUUCCCUUUUUCUUUUCCGUUUGUUGUGUGUUUUCUUCACAGCUUUGUAGUGUCUUUCAUUCACCCUUGUGGGUAGUAUUCACUCUCACUGUGUGAUCCAUUCUCUCAUUUCGAUUGAAUUUUACUUCAUUCCCUGGCAAAGAAUUGUUAAUAGCGAGAUUGUUCCUCGACGGAACCUGCAGCUUCUUCUACUCCUUUCUCUGCCGUCGCCCAUAUCGCUGCCUGGUGCUGCGCUCUUGCUUCCUUGCUCUUGCAUUUGUGAAGCGGACCGGGAGUCUGCCUGCAUCUUUCUCUUAAUUCACUGAAAGAAGUUCACCCGUCCCCUUGAUUUUUUAUUUUCGCACUUUGACGAAUUUCUGUCUUUCCUUGCUUUCCCGAUUACAAGACUUGAGCGCUCGAAUCACGGAUUCCGAAUUCAAGCAUCGACCUUCCACUGCUUCUUAGCAAAGGAGACACAGCCUUCUUGAACGUUGCGUACAGAUCAUCUGCGACCUACAUCUCCGAGUCAUUCAAGCGACGACUUCUUUUGAAAGAUAAAAUCAAAAGAAUACAAUACAAUGGGUCUCAUCAAGUCCCUCGUCAUAGACGGUGUUAAGAAACGCUACAGCACCGGAAAUAUUAUCUCGACGCUGUUCGAGUCCUGCAUUCGAUUUUUGCAGUUUGUCUUUGGUAUCGCCGUCAUUGGGCUCUACGCCCAGGAUGUUAAUCAUGCAAGGAGAUCGGGACUUCCUAUGAAUUCUGUUUCAAAAUGGAUCUACGCCACAGUCAUUGGCUCUCUCUCUUCAAUCACCGCCAUAAUUUACAUCCUCCUCCCCUGCGCCGCACACAGGCCACUUUCCAGCUUCCGGGUUCUCCAACUACCCUGCUUCGCAUUUGACUCACUCAUGUUCGUCCUCUGGCUCGUGGUCUUUGGCAUCUUCGCCAAAAUGUACAUCUCGAAGGACUACAAGAAGGAUGCAGACUUGAAGCGAAUGCACCAUGCCGUGUACGUCGAUCUGAUCAAUCUGUCAUUCUGGAUGAUCACCGCGGUCUGGUGCGGACUGAGGUGGUGGAGGGGCGACAGGGCGGCGAAGCAGGCGGAGAAGAACGAACAGUUUGCUGCUGAAGAGGGACAGAUGCAGCAGAUCCAUUAGAAUCCUUGUGAUUCUGCAUGGUAUCUACCUCAAAUGGGUAAGGGAGAUAUAAUUGUGGAGGCGAGCCUUUUGCGUUGGCUAUGGCCACAUCCCCAGAUACUCACAUGUUAUCCUGUUAAUCAUAUCACGGUGUUGGCAAGGUGUUUUGGGUGGCCAAUUCAUUUUACGUGCAUUAUGCUGCUCAGCAUUUUAUGUUGUAUAAGUGUUUUGCUUGGUUUGUUUUCAUGCCCUGGAUAUUAUUUCUGCUGGCUUGUGUCCUGAUUGUAUCGAGAUGAAGCUACAUACUAUACUGUUCUAAUACCUCUUAGGUCCAACAGUUGGGCUUGCUGGUGUCAAGAUAAAAAGUCAUAAUAGUGAUACACCAAAAGGAAUAGUUAAACCUCCUUUAA